AUGAAAAAAACCACCAACCUUCAACAUAUCAGUAAUAAUAUUGUGCGUCAUAUUAGAGUACCUUUUCCACCGCAAGUGACUGUUGAUGAAAUCGUCCAAAAACUUCUUGACAAUGGUGUUGAAAAUUACAACAAAACACCUAACUCGUUCAUCAUUUAUAGAAAAGCCUACAUUCACGAGGCUACAAAAUUUGGUUUUUUGGGUGGGAAUAUUUCGAAGCUGGCUAAAGAUGCCUGGGAUAAUGAGCCUGAACGUAUCAAAAACUUUUAUAGGGAAAUGGAGAAGGAUAUUAAAGCCAAGUUCAAGAGAAGCGUACCACCACCGUUCUUUUUUUAUACUCAAAGGAGUCAAAAAAGACCAAGACACACUAAUUGUAAAGUUACUGCUGUUACCACAAAAGAUGCUUUUCGCAUUUCACAAAAGUCAACUUCUCACCCCCAAGCGAUUGUUAUCACCAGUCAUUCUGUAGAAUCUUUUUACACGCACCUGAAUAUUCAUAUGAAUAUAUCGGAUGAGGCCUUCAUUAAUUCUCUUUCUAAUGAUUUGGCUUUGACUUACAAAGCAAUCAUUGACUCUCUGUCUAGCCUACCGAUCUAA